AUGACUUUUGAAGUAGAAACAACACAGCCUGAUAAACUCCAAAUCACAGUCUACGAAACUUCAUUAGAUCAAUCGGACAUUUUUCGAUUGCAAGAAGACGAAACCUACAUUCCUAAGCCCAUAUUUUCUAGUUCUGGAGGGAACGUUGGGAUUUCCUUUCAUGUUGAUCCAGAAAGAUAUGACCUCAGAAAAACAAAACGGACCGAGAUAUUUUUUGAUAAAGCGCAAAAAUUGGCCAGUAACAUAGAGUCAAAUGCACCGAAACACUUCAAGAUCUUAAACAACGAAGAAUGUUGCAUGUUUGCCAUAAAUGAACCAAAAGGAUUACUUGGAAUUUAUAAUACGAGAACUGGGGUGUUAAAUGUCUUUGCGUUCGACGAAGAAAAGGAAAAUCUUUUUCACCGUAACAAUGAUGUUCAAAUUUUGCAAUGGUAUAACAACAUGAUUCCAGAUAUUCGUCACUUUUUUUUCAUCAAAGAUACAGAGGAGAUAUGUUUUGUCGAAGCGGGAGGAAGAGCGAGAUUGUACAAUCUCGUGACAGGUCAAUUCCGACCUAGCGUGGGUCAAAUUCCAGAGAAUGCCAGCGUAAUUUUAAGCACGCCCGACGGUGCAUGCAUUGUGGCUUUUGUUCGAGAAAGCAUACAGGAGAAAUGUGACAAGUCUAUUGAAAAUGAUGCGGACGUUUUUGAUAACUUUAACCAUGACUUCAACAAGUUUACUGUCGAUGACUCGAUACUCGAAGAAUCAGAAAAGGAUGCAGAAACGAAGGAAAGGAAACCUCUUGGGCAAGUUAAACUCGCAUCCUCAAUCCUGAAUAAAGACUAUUCUCUCAUCCAAGGAAAACGCACACAUUUCGAGCGAGACGUAUCUACUGGUGAGAAUAUUGUCUUAAUGGGAGAAAGAUAUUGCAUCAUGGAGAUUCUCUCCGACACGAUGUUAAAAAUUGCCGGUACUUUUCAACCCGACCCACAAUGCGAGUGGAUGGAUUAUCGUAUUGAGCCUCCAACCAAGCUUAACGGGUACAUUGAUGCGUACAAGUUGAUGUUUGAGAAGUAUCCCAUUGAUGGCUGCAUAGAAGCCGAACAAGCCCGGCCUCUGAGCCUGAGGAUUCUUCUGGAUAUAUCGAGAGAAGAUGAAAUAGAAAAAUAUCAAGAGAAAUUUGAGAAAUAUAUUUCUGAUAUGUUUGAGGAAUUAAAGCGGGCCACAAAAAAACCUACUUUAACACUUAAGAAAUUCGCGACCACUGUUGAAUUAUUUGAUGAUUUUGAUGCCGACAACUUCAAGUCUCAAAGGAAGAAAUCUCGAGAAUUUCAAUUUGGAGAAUGGAUCAUUCAACUUUCGUGUCUUAUCCCCAUUCAAAUUGCGGUCGCAAGAAAUAACCAAUUUCACCCUCUUCAAGAUGGAAUGUUGUCAACCGAGCUAGAUCAAUUUGAUAUCACUGAUGAUUAUGGUCAUCACGUAGACAGUAUUGCGCAAAGCAUUUCGUUUGGGUGGUAUGAGGGAAUCUUUAAGUAUUUCGGAAGUCGAAAAGUCAAAGUUGUUUCUAGCAUGGGAGAGCAAUCUUGCGGAAAAUCAUACAUGCUGAAUCAUCUCGUUGGAACUACUUUUGAUGGCUCUGCAAUGAACCAAUUCUCGGUGAAUCGGGAUAUGUCCUCGAUGUUUCAGAGAUUCCAGGAUGGCGCGUUGUUGUUGAAUGAUCAAAAAUUAUUUCAGGCGAGCUUUGGUACGAAAAUUAUCGAACAAUUCUUUAUUACGAUUGUUUUUGAAUACCUUGCUAAUUAUAAGAAUGAUAGCAUUAUAAUCAAAGAUGUUCCACCGAACGAUAAGGAAGACAUUGUAAGGGAAUUCACGUUGAAAUUCAAUUCUUUGGUGGCCAAGGAAGCCCGGUAUGAAAAUGCUCGUACCUUUUUACAAAACACAAAAGUUAUUAUGGCCAAAUUGAGGAUCUGUGACUGGGGAUCUUUGGACGAGAACUUAGUGCAAAUUCGUAUUUCAACACUCCGAAGAGUUCUUCAAACGGCGGUGUCUCUGGGAGUGGAGCAAAAGGAGCCCGUGAAGGAACCAUUGAUUAACCGCGAGACGGGCCUUGAAAUUGAAGAUCCCGCAUUGCAAGCCUCCGAAGUUUUCGAAGAUUAUAGGGGAUCCACCCAAUUGCCUGUAGAUUCGGAUAUCCUCCUCUUUGAAGAAAAUCCCGACUUUCUUCGCUUAUCUAGAGAUUUGCUUGUAUAUUUUGAGGAAAACAUUCAGUCUCGGAAGGAUUCCGCGGACGAUUCCGAAUGGUUUUCAAAAUUAGAGAAAUACUUUAAAUAUAUAAUUGAGAGACGAGUCUUUCGCUUGCACGAAUGGUUCACACAAAACACUAGCAAAUUUUCUCAGGAUAACAGCGAGAUCGUUAUUGGGCGUUAUGCAUUAGAACAGGAAAUCAGGUCAGCCAUUUGUGCGGUCAAAACUGUAGCCUUUACGACAAGCGUAACUGCCAGAAAAAAUGUUCCAAAGAGAUUGGCCACGAGGACGGUGUUCAUCUAUGUCAAUCAAUUCGACAUUAUUGUGGCGCCACUUGCUCCCUAUCAACGUUCACUCAGAAGGGACUCUAUCAAUGCUCAAACAAAUGCAUCAUUCCGUGCGAAGAAGAGCAUGAAACUCACCGCUGCGAGAACGAUACGUGCCCAAUUCCGUGUCCCAUUCCUAGCUGCCAAAGAAGGUGUCAGUCUGAUGAUCACUUCCAUGCUACAUCAGAGAUUCACAAAUGAGCAUCAAUGCCAAGAACUAUGUGAACAUCCCGGAGUAUGCAAGGUGCAAACUGAGCCAAAAAAGAACGAACAGACGUAUAAAGGAUUAAGCGGUGCUUCAUUUACAUUCAUCAAGUAUACGCAAGUUAGUGAGAAGCUUCAAUGCAGUAGAAAAAUUCCUGCAUAUUCGUUCAAGCAUGAUGGGAAGCACUGUCAUAAUGAAGAUGGAGUCCAUUUCUGCGAUACACAGUGCACCUUGGAAUAUGGUCACGUUCAAACUUUGCAUGAGACCAGUCAUGGCAAUAUGGUGCAAACAGAGUUUACCGCGGAGAAUGAUGAAUUUGAGUAUGGUGGUCAUAAAUUAAAGAUAGGAGAUCAGGGCACGUUUGUUCUUUGCAAUUUGCAUUGUAAAGAGCUAGGUCGCCAUCGCCACAUUGAUUACUGUCAAAACGAAGAAAUCUGCAAAUUAAAUAGUAAUCAGUCCACAGAUCUGCAGCAUAUCAAUGGUCGAGUUCAUCCUAAUCCUGAUAACCCCAAGGACUUUAUCUCUCAUCAUUUUUUCUGGGAACAUCCAUACACUGCCCAAGAACAACAAGAAUUUACAAAGUGCGAUCAUGAAUGUCCAGAUGAAAACCACAAGAAAGCAUCCAAUCCCUUGAAUGCUAUGCCUUCAAAGUCAUAUUGUGAAUUGAAACUCUUUCACGCGCCGUCGGAUCCUUCGUUGCCACCACCUAAUGGAUGUGGGUACAUUUCAUUGGAUGGGCAUCACUUCAAUUGCGAAAACCCUGCUACGAGAGAGGCCGCGUUUCACAUUGUGUUCGUUUUGGAUCGAUCCGGGUCAAUGUAUGACACCGAUAAAAGACCGUUGCAAAAUACUCCAAUUUAUAAUCAGUUGGUCAGGUCCCAUAAUAAUCGACUUGGUGCCGUAUACAAUGCGGUCUACUCAUUCAUAGACACCCGUAUUUCGACAUUCCGGUCGAAUAACUCUUUUUCAUAUAACGCUUCAUUAACUCCAAAAGAUACCGUCUCAUUGAUACUUUUUGAUCACGAAGCCCAUGUCGAAAUUGAACAUGCUCCCUUGGUUGAUCCAAAUCAAUUCUUGAGCAAUAUGCUUAGAAACACGGCCAGAGGAGGCACAAAUUUUGAUUUAGCCAUUCAGAAAGCUGGGUUUGUCAUUGACAACCACUUUGAUCCUACCAAUAGCACAAUAAAUAGUACAUCUCUAGAAGUAAUGGCUGAAAUUGCCAAAUCCUACCACCCAAAAUCCUCGGCAUCUGGUGCGUUAAAAUGUCAAUUUACUCGUGCCAUUGACGAAGUUAAGUUGGUCAAUCAUUUUACGGGAGUUGCCGAAAGUUUAAGGGAGCAUAAACCGGCAUUGCUUAAGAAAAGUUCUGUUUAA